AUGAAAUUGCUGAUCCUUCUAUGUGCUCUUCUGGCCAUUGCUGGAACGGAAGAAAUCAAAUGCGAUGCAGACAACAAGUGUCCGCAAAAGUACGUGUGCUAUGAAGGAACUUGUGCUUAUCGAUGCCCUAUAUAUGAGCCAGAAAAUAUUCCCGCCGGGUGCGAAGUGAGAAUGUACACGGACAGAAAAGGAUGCGAACGUCCAAAAAUCAUUUGCUGAUAAAUAAAAUUCUUACCCA